AUGGCCCAAACUCACAAUAUCCUCGUCCUCCCCGGCGACGGUAUAGGCCCCGAAGUCAUGACGGAAGCAAUCAAAGUCCUCAAAGCCUUCGAAAGCCCCGACCACAAAUUCAAUCUCCGCCAAGAACUCAUCGGCGGUUGCAGCAUAGAUGCAACCGGUAAAUCCAUUACCGAAGAAGUCAAGCAAGCAGCUCUUGCCUCGGACGCGGUUCUCUUCGCAGCAGUCGGCGGCCCCAAGUGGGACAACGCUCGCCGGGGUCUCGAUGGACCCGAGGGUGGACUACUGCAGCUUCGCAAAGCAAUGGAUAUCUAUGCCAAUUUGCGACCGUGCUCGUCUAGCUCGCCUAGUGCAUCGAUUGCGAAGGAGUUUAGCCCCUUUCGGCAUGAGGUGCUUUUUGGAUCUGAGAAGGAUGGUACAAGUGAAGGGGUGGACUUUGUAGUUGUUCGGGAGAAUUGUGGUGGUGCUUACUUUGGGAGGAAAGUCGAGGAUCCAACUUAUGCAAUGGAUGAAUGGGGCUACUCCGAAGCAGAAAUCCAACGAGUCACCCGUCUCGCCGCAGAAGUGGCUCUACGCCAUAAUCCCCCCUGGCCAGUGAUCUCCCUCGACAAAGCAAAUGUCCUAGCUUCAUCUCGCCUCUGGCGUCGUGUCGUCGAAAAGACCAUGACCACCGAAUACCCACAGCUCAAACUAGUCCACCAACUGGCCGACUCUGCAUCUUUGAUCCUGGCAACUAACCCACGAUCCUUGAACGGUGUGAUUCUCGCUGAUAAUACUUUUGGCGAUAUGAUUUCCGACCAGGCGGGCUCGAUUGUUGGGACUUUGGGUGUUUUGCCGAGUGCUAGUCUCAAUGGGCUGCCUGGUGAUAAGACACUUAACAAGCGGCCGUAUGGGCUGUAUGAGCCUACUCAUGGCUCGGCUCCAACUAUUGCGGGAAAGAAUAUUGCUAACCCUGUCGCGAUGAUCUUGUGUGUGGCAUUGAUGUUCCGGUACUCCUUGAACAUGGAGGAUGAAGCUAGACAUCUAGAGGAUGCAGUGCGAAAUGUGCUUGAUAAGGGCUUGCGUACACCUGAUCUAGGGGGCACGAUGGGUACAAAGGAAUUGGGCGAUGCAAUUGUGGCCGAGCUGUAG